AUGUCUGCAGAUAAAUUGAUUGGAUUUGCAAUGCUUCUUGUGGCAGCAUCAGUAUUCACUUACUACACAACCUGGGUGUUUGUAAUACCAUUUGUUAACGAAGAUUCAUGUAUAAACGAGUUCUUUUUACCAAGGGAAUAUGCUAUUAAGCUACCAUUAUUGUUGCUUCUUAUUGCUGGUUUAGGUGUGGGAACAUUUAUCGGAAAAGUUUUGAUCAAGAAUCAACAAAAGCAGAAGAGUAAGAAAAAGGCACAAUAA